AUGUCAUACGCUACUGUUGCUCCGUACACGCUUUCUCCUGAUGGCACGUACUACAUUUUCGACCGUCCGAUUGAAAAAUCGGAUUCGGAUGACCGAGAAUAUAGGUUGAUUAAAUUGAAAAAUGAUUUGGAGGCAUUGAUUAUACGUGAUAAUGAAACAGAUAAAGCUAGUGCUGCUUUGGAUGUACAUGUUGGGUCCAUGAUUGAUCCGAUUAAUCUGCAAGGAUUAGCCCAUUUCUGUGAGCACUUGUUAUUUAUGGGGACAGAAAAGUAUCCCAAAGAGAACGAGUAUCAAGAGUACUUGUCUACACAUUCAGGACGAUCUAAUGCAUAUACAAGCUUGGAGCAUACAAAUUAUUACUUUGAAGUUGGAGAGAAACACUUUGAAGGCGCUCUGGAUCGGUAUAGUUUCAGUUCGCUUACAACGAUAGAAUGUAAUAUUGAUUACUUCGAUUUGACGGACUUAUCGUAUAAAUUUUUUGAUUUGAUAAAUAAUAGAUUUGCCCAAUUUUUUAUCAAUCCAUUAUUUGAUCCUAGCUGUACUGAUCGUGAAUUGAACGCAGUUGACUCAGAGAACAAGAACAAUCUUCAAAAAGAUAGCAGACGCCUAUUUCAAUUGGAAAAAUCCCUAUGCAAUCCAAAUCAUCCGUAUAAUAAAUUUGGAACAGGCAAUUUGAAAACGUUGCGCGAUGAGCCGUUGAAAGAAGGCAUUGAUGUCAGAGAAGAAUUGUUGAAAUACCAUGAGACAUAUUAUUCAGCUAAUAUAAUGAAGUUAUGUGUACUUGGAAAAGAACCAUUAGAUGUCAUGACACGGUGGGUAGUCGAGAAAUUCUCUGCCGUACGCAACAAAGCGCUUUCCAUUCCCGUGGCCGAAGGGCACCCGUUAACGGAAAAUGAACUGUUGAGGAUUACCUUCGCGAAGCCAGUGAUGGAUAUUAGGACCUUAAGCUUUGUUUUCCCAUUUCCUGAUCCAAAUCCUUUCUUCAAAACCAAACCCGCUCACUAUCUAAGUCAUUUGAUCGCACACAAAGGAAAAGGGUCUAUCCUUUCAUUACUUAAAAAGGCAGGCUUGGUAGACGAUAUAGAUGUUGGCGCGUAUGCCGUUGCGAUCGGAUCUGGGUUUUUUAGGAUCGAGGUCGAUUUGACCGAAAAAGGAUUGAAGCAGUAUGAGGAAGUCGUAAAAGUUAUAUUUCAAUAUAUUGACAUGUUGAAAAGAGAAGGUGUCAAAAAAUGGAUUUUUGACGAAAACGCACAACUAGCUGCGAUGCAAUUCCGCUUUAAGGAUAAAUCAUCAGUGAGCAGUUAUACCUCACAAGUCUCAAAUUUUAUGCAGCGACCAUACCCCAGGGAGUGGAUUUUGAGUGCACCGUAUUUGAGCUUUGAAUACGAUCCUGCACAAAUCGAACAUGCAUUAGACUGUUUGCGAAAGGAUCGGUUCACGCUCAUGGUAGUUGGAAAGCAAUUGGAAGGCCUGGAUCAGAAAGAGAAAUGGUACGGAACUGAGUAUUCGGUUAAGAAAAUUGGAGAUGGGUUCCUGAAGGAUCUGGAGAAUUUGCCUGCUAAUAACGAGUUGCGGUUGCCAGAGCCUAAUGAGUUCAUACCUGCGAACUUUGAUGUGAACAAGAAAACUAACAUAACGCCUAUUAAACGCCCGACUCUUAUUAAGAAUACAAAACUAACCCGUGUAUGGCACAAGAAAGACGAUACGUUUUGGGUUCCCAAAGCGAACAUACAUUUUUUCUUGAAAACUCCAUUAGCUUACGUAACGCCUCUCCAUUGUGUAAAGACACGUCUUUACGUUGAAUUAGUUGCUGAUGCAUUAACUGAAUAUUCUUAUGCAGCGGGGGUUGCGGGAUUGACGUACUCUGUCGGGAAUCAAACUGAAGGAAUUUCUCUAACGGUCCAAGGGUUUAACGAUAAAAUUCAUGUUCUAUUAGAAAGAAUAUUAACAUCAAUGAAAGACUUUAAAGUGGAUUCUCAACGUUUUACAUUGAUUAAGGAGCAAGUUCAACGUGGUUAUCAUAACUCUUUACUAACAGAACCUUAUAAUAAUGCGAUCUAUUAUCUCACGUAUUUGACAACAGAAAUAAUGUGGACUAGUGAAGAGGCUUUAGAGGUUUUAGAUGCUGUCACUGCUGAAGAUAUCCAAUCAUUUUACCCUCAACUACUUAGCAGCCUCCAUAUUGAAGCCAUUGCUCAUGGGAACGUGUCGAAAGAUCAGGCAUUGCGAGUGACUAAUUUGGUUGAAGACAUUUUAUUACCGAAACCAUUAAUUACAUCACAGUUGAUACGACAUCGUUCACUUCUGUUGCCCGAAAAUGAGCAUUUGGUUUAUCGGCGUCAAGUCUUCGAUAAGAAAAAUGUUAAUUCAGCUGUUGACUACUAUCUAGAAGUGGGACAUGUUUUAGACAAGUGGACUAGAGUGAGAUUAAGUUUAUUAGCUCAUAUCGCGCGAGAACCGUGCUUUGAUCAGCUGAGGACUAAAGAGCAAUUAGGAUAUAUAGUCUUUAGUGGACCCCGUGGACUAGCAGGCACAAUAGGCCUGAUGAUUGGUGUUCAGAGUAUAAAAGAUACAGUAUAUCUGGAGAACAGAAUAGAGGCAUUCCUGUUGAAACUUUAUUCUUUGAUUGAGGAUAUGUCGGAGGAAGAGUAUCAGAAACGAAUACAAUCAUUAAUAACAACGAAACUUGAGAAGGAUAAGAAUUUACGCCAAGAGAGCUAUCGAUAUUGGCAGCACAUUCGUUCAGGAUUUUAUGAAUUCGACCGAGUCGACCAAGACGUUGCAGAGCUCCCAACCGUUACCAAGUCAUCUCUUCUUACAUUUUUCAAGGAAGCCAUACAUCCGUCUUCCAAAACACGGAAGAAACUUUCUACUCAUCUAUACUCUCAGAACCCGCCACCGCCGCCACCGCCAUCCAAGACGCAGGACAUUAAUAAUCUAUUUAAUUGCCUUCAAUCACACUCCUUAACAUCUGAUAUUGGCUUGCAGGAUCUGCAUAACUAUUCCGAACUCGAAAAUUUUGGUUCACUUGAUAAUUCCGAGACGGAAAAGAUACUCAGAAAGUUCCUUGCUGAACGGGUUAAAACAAAUGAGGCCGAAAUGGAGGAAUUGGUAAAAAGUGUUAGCAAAGCCUUCUUUGCAGCGAAUAACGGUACGGAUAGUAAAAGUAAAAAGAUCGUAAAUGGAGUCGCUGGGGACGACAAAAAUAGUAGUGAAAGGGAUGAUACAAUAUUGUCAGAGAGAAAUACGAUUGUUGAUGAUUUGAUCGUGUUCAAGAGUAAGAUGCUAUUGGGCCCAGCUCCAACGCCAGUUGUGCCAUUUGAAAUUUUGAGAAGGGGUGAAGAUGGAAGUAAAUUGUGA